UCUCGACAUCAUCAUCUCCCCUUGUGUUCGCCGUUGCCGGCGAUCUCGACAGCUCCCAAGCGAGUUUCCCGACGCCUUAACAGUUCCCUUUCGAAACUCUCGCGUCCUGAAAUCAUGGCGGGCAAGUGGCUGAAGGACAAGCUCUCCAAACUGAAAAGGAAGAAAAAGGGCGGCCAGAGCGGCACGGCCGCACCCACCACGCAGGUCCGGAGCGUCGCGGACACUCCUGAUUCACCUGGAGGCAAGCCGCAGCCGACCCAAACCACGCAAGUUGCGACUCCCGAGCCCGAGCCCCAACAAGCCGCGCCUUCUACAGCUCGCCCGGCCUCGCCUGUUCGGCAGCCUCCACCGGCGCAACCCUCGCCUCCCUCUCCUGCCCCGGCUGCCUCCCUUCCCGAAGCAUCCUCCGAUACGCGGGGACAGCCAAUCGUUUCCGACACGCCGCUGACGAGCAACGACACCGAUCCAUGGACUCGGGCUUACGAGAUAUUUCGGGGGCGAGAACCCGAGCUGAUGGCAGACUACCAGAAGCAUCUAGCCUCCCUGCAAGACGACGCUGCAGCCGGCGGAGAUCUCUCAACCCCGCGGUCCGUCGAAUCCAUGAUCAAUAAGCUGUUGGAAGAUCGAGAGAAAAGGCAGUGGCGAGUCUCGCUUCUCGGCAAGGAUGUAAAGAUCCGAGAACAAGUCGAGAGGCUUGCAAAGUUCCUCCUCUGGUCCGACCCGAUCGUCAAGACUGCUGUGAGCACUCAGCCAUACGCAGCGCUGGCAUGGUCCGGUGUUUUGUUGCUUCUCCCCCUUCUCACGAGCGGCACCACGCAAAACGAGGCCAUGCUGAAAGGCUUCAACUCGAUCGGCGACGUCCAAGUCUACUGGAAAUUCUGCGAGAAGACCUACCUCGAAUCCUCACACCGAGAAAAGUACCAAGACCUCGUAGAACCCUUAGCCCAGCUCUAUUCCCACAUCAUCGAAUAUCAGGCCCUCGUCAUAUGUCAUCUCUCUAAAGCCCAACUCUCCCGCGCGUGGAAAGACGUGGCUGGUUACGACUGGGCUGGGAGGGCACGCGAUAUUGAUGACUUGAGCAAGCGGCGCAGCGACUGCAUCCCUCCACUCCAAGAGGAGGAAAUCAGGGAACGCUGGAACCGCCAGCUGCAAGAGAUGCAAGAAUCGCGAACCAUCCUCGACGAAAUUCGCCGGAUCCUCAAGGAGGGCGGCAUGCAGACCCAGAAAAUCUACGAGGACCAGAAGGAAAGAGAUCUCCUUCGGGAUCUCGCGUCCGACUAUGAAGGCAACAAAAACUUCAACCCACAGAGGGUGCCAGGCACGUGCCAGUGGUUCUUCAACGACGACAGGUUCCGCAAAUGGCGAGACAGCAACACGUCCAGCCUCCUCUGGGUCUCUGCCGGUCCUGGUUGUGGGAAGUCGGUCCUGUCGCGAGCUCUGAUCGAUGAGCGACUAUCCACGAAUGUUGCGACCUCGACCGUCUGUUACUUCUUCUUCAAAGACGGAGACGAACGCCGCAUGCACAGCGCCGAUGCCCUAUGUGCAAUUCUCCACCAGCUUUUCGCUCAGGACCCUAGCGGCAGCCUAAUCGGAAAUGCGCUGCCCAGUCACAAGAAAUUUGAGAAAGCUCUUGCGCAGAACUUCUCCGGGCUGUGGCGAAUCCUGUUAGAGUGUGCCGGAUCAUCUGACGUCGGAGAAAUCGUUUGCAUCCUCGACGCUCUGGAUGAAUGCGAGUGGCGCAGCAGGGAGGAAUUAAUCAAACAACUUAAGGACUUCUAUUGUCCGAGCGAGGGACUAUCGAGUCCUUCCUCGAAGCUCAAGUUUCUCGUCACCAGCCGUCCAUACGAUCAUCUAGAGGCCCUUUUCAGGGCAUUCUCGACAACAGAGUAUCUACGUCUUGAUGGCGACGAAAAGUCUGCCGACAUCGGUCGCGAGAUCAAUCUAGUCAUCGAUGCGCGUGUGAAUGAAAUCACAGGCAAUCUUGACCCUGACGAUCGACGCAAAAUUUCUGAAUGCCUUAAGAGCAAAAAUAGCCGCACGUACCUCUGGCUUUAUCUCGUAUUCGACACAGUUAAGGAGAAACUGAGUCGAUACUCGAAGCUGUCAAGCAUAGAAACACUCUUGUCCGAUAUUCCGUCCAAGCUGCACGACGCAUACGAAAAGAUCUUGAGCAGAAACCAGGAUGAAGCAGAAACCGAGAUUCUUCUUCAACUUAUCCUCGCUGCGGCACGGCCUUUAACUCUCGACGAGGCGAACGUUGCGUUGACAUUAGCUUUGCAAGCACGUUUUGCAUCACACGCGGAACUUGAGUCCGGACUGUGGACAAGAGACAACUUCCGAAGUGUCGUCACGAAUCUUUGCGGCCUCUUCAUCAGCGUCUAUGACUCAAAGUUGUCAUUCAUUCAUCAGACAGCGAGAGAAUUUCUCAUUCAUAAGAAACGACAAGGUACAUGGCAGGGGCGCUUGAACAUGUCAGAAUCGCACACUGCGAUAUCACGAUCAUGUCUCGAUUACUUGAUGCUGCCCGAUAUCGACAUACCAGCUGGAGACGACUGUCCCGAGGAUAAACAACCCCCAUUCCUCUCCUACGCCGCUACCCACUGGCCUUUGCACUAUAUCUCUCAGGAAGCUGCCGCUGCUGACCGGUCCCGGAAAGAUGCGCGUAUGCUCUGUAAUACAGCCGGGCACCAAGCGAGCAUUUGGGCGCCUACCUACCUCAGCCAGAGGUAUCUGCGAUGGGGAGAUUGGACGGACCUGACUUUGGCGAGCUUCCUUAGUCUAAAACUGGUCGUCGAAGAUAUCUUGCUCAAGGAAAAGACAGACGUUAACACUAAAGGCGGAAGGUACGGCACGGCGCUCCAGGCGGCAUCGGAACGAGGCCACAAGGAGGUUGUCGAGAUGCUACUAGACAAGGGCGCCGACGUUAACAUUGAAGGCGGAGCGUACGGCACGGCGCUCCAGGCGGCAUCGGCACGAGGCCACAAGGAGAUUGUCGAGAUGCUACUAGACAAGGGCGCCGACGUUAACAUUGAAGGCGGAGACUACGGCACGGCGCUCCAGGCGGCAUCGGCACGAGGCCACAAGGAGAUUGUCGAGAUGCUACUAGACAAGGGUGCUGACGUUAACAUUGAAGGCGGAGACUACGGCAUGGCGCUCCAGGCGGCAUCGGCAGAAGGCCACAAGGAGGUUGUCGAGAUGCUACUAGACAAGGGCGCCGACGUUAACAUUGAAGGCGGAGACUAUGGCACGGCGCUCCAGGCGGCAUCGGCACGAGGCCACAAGGAGGUUGUCGAGAUGCUACUAGACAAGGGCGCCGACGUUAACAUUGAAGGCGGAAGGUACGGCAUGGCGCUCCAGGCGGCAUCGGCACAAGGCGACAAGGAGGUUGUCGAGAUGCUACUAGACAAGGGCGCCGACGUUAACAUUGAAGGCGGAGACUAUGGCACGGCGCUCCAGGCGGCAUCGGCACGAGGCCACAAGGAGAUUGUCGAGAUGCUACUAGAUAAGGGUGCUGACGUUAACAUUGAAGGCGGAGACUACGGCAUGGCGCUCCAGGCGGCAUCGGCAGAAGGCCACAAGGAGGUUGUCGAGAUGCUACUAGACAAGGGCGCCGACGUUAACAUUGAAGGCGGAGACUAUGGCACGGCGCUCCAGGCGGCAUCGGCACGAGGCCACAAGGAGGUUGUCGAGAUGCUACUAGACAAGGGCGCCGACGUUAACAUUGAAGGCGGAGACUACGGCACGGCGCUCCAGGCGGCAUCGGCACGAGGCCACAAGGAGAUUGUCGAGAUGCUACUAGACAAGGGUGCUGACGUUAACAUUGAAGGCGGAGCGUACGGCACGGCGCUCCAGGCGGCAUCGGCACGAGGCCACAAGGAGAUUGUCGAGAUGCUACUAGACAAGGGCGCCGACGUUAACAUUGAAGGCGGAGACUACGGCACGGCGCUCCAGGCGGCAUCGGCACGAGGCCACAAGGAGAUUGUCGAGAUGCUACUAGACAAGGGUGCUGACGUUAACAUUGAAGGCGGAGACUACGGCAUGGCGCUCCAGGCGGCAUCGGCAGAAGGCCAUAAGGAGGUUGUCGAGAUGCUACUAGACAAGGGCGCCGAUGCUGGUUUGGACUAGCUCCUCUAGCUUACAACUGGGAAUCGAGUCCCAAGCUCCGGUUGAGAUUAAUCAAGUCUAU